AUGGCGCACACGGUCACCCAAACAUCCCCCGCAAAAAUCAGGAGCGCAUUCAUAGGAAACAAAAAACAGGCACUGGAUGCGGAACGUGCGACCACCCCAUCCCCGCAACCUUAUAACGACGAAAGCCUCAUCACAGGUGAACCGGUGGGCUCGGGCCACUACGUCUCGUGUGACGAAGACAUCCAAUCCUCUGGAGAAGAAGACGAAGGAGACGAUCAGGACUCUAUGAACACCGACACCGCCAACCUAGCCAACCGCCUACAAAACAAAGAACGACUCAGCAAUCUAUACAGCUCCCUUGUAGACGCUGAAGCCUUCGUCCAGGCCCUCGCAACUGACGGGGAUAUCGAAGAGGCCAGGGGGAACCAGCACAUAACCGGUUGUAUGGCCAGGCUGUCCAGCGCCCUCCUGGGUCAGCCAUACGGAAUCAUCAUGGACCAACAGACGGCUCUCCUACAGGCAGUUCGCGAUAUUAACACGACAAUAGCGUCACUCCUGGAAAAAGUCGAGGACAACGGGGAAAAGAUCGACAGAAUACGAGAAGAAACUCAGCACAACUUUACGACAAUGACGGAACAACUCAGGACUAUCGACCUGGCGACCACGGAUACCUUGUCACGCGUCAUGACACUAGAAGGUAACGUCGAUGGCCCCAAUCUCCAAAACACACAAAAGACAACCAGCACAAGCGCCAAUGCCAGCUACGCGACGGGACCGCUAAUCAAGCCAGAAGGAAAGGCGGACGUAACCUCGGAGACAACUAAACGAAGCACUAACCCACAAACAGCCCACCACCCAUGCCGCUUGGUCAUCCGGUUCAUGCCAGACGGGAUAAAAGAAGAAGACCGCUUAGAUCCAUUAAUCGUCGUGAACACAAUAAACGAGGCCCUUCAAGGCUCCCAGUGGCUCAAAGCCAAAGACAUCAGAGUCGUAGCGGCGACUCACAACAAGCAGGGCAACCUCAUCGUUUCAACACGUUCGGACCAAUUGGCGUCGGACCUCCUUCAAUACGCAGGCACUUUCCUACCGCUCAUCAGCCAGGGAUACAAAACGGACGCACGGGAGGACAAAAAGUGGUACAAGAUACAGAUCGACGGCGUUAGCACUCACACUGUGAUGAACCCCGGAUACUGUCGGACCCUCAACAGUGCGAAAAGAGUCCACGACGAACUCAUGGCAUUUAACACGAAGUAUGCACAAGCUGCCGCACACAUCGUUGCUCCUCCUCAAUGGCUGCGUACUCAAGAGGAACGGGAAGGCACCCUGCGCUCGUCCCUCGUUUUCGCUGUCGAUGACGAAGGAACGGCUAAAGAACUAUUACAAGGAAACACCCUCGCAGCGUUCAAUCGGUGGUGCCCUCUGCGAGUCUACCAAGACAGACGCAAAAAGCGGUUCAUCGAGACCAAUUUGGAUCCGACGUACGUUGAUGCGUCUGGGAGUGAACACGAUAACAUCACUCUUGUGAAUGAGCAGCCUUCCAAGAAGUCAGACUUGGCAAAUGAACGCAAACUGCAUCGCGAAAAUGCGAACCCGAUGCGCUGCUGA